AAACCGACUCAUGUAGAUGUACUUAGCGACCGCCAUUUUUCUGCAAAUUUAACUACUUUAGGGGCUCAGCUAAAGUUUUUAAAAAAUGACAGAGGAAAAGUUGAAAGUUGAUUUAAGUGUACCAUUUCCAACAGAGGAUGAAGCACAGAUUGCCUACGGAACACUCAGUGUGGACUCCGAGCCUAAAAGGGGUGGCGUAAAGAAAGAACUCACAGUGAAAGGAAAUUUGCUCAAUGUACAUUUUGAAGCUCUGGAAGCUCGUAUGAUGAGAGUGGGUGUCAACUCUUUUUUUGACCAUCUAAAUCUGGUGAUUCAGACUAUGGAGCGAUUUGGACCUCCUCAGAAGAAACCAAAGUCCUGACCAUGUGUUUUUAUUAUCAUUAUGAUAUUAAUUAACAUUGUUUUAAAAUGUGUCACACAUGGUCUAGAGAGAGAGAUUGCAUGAAGACUUCAAAGAUGUAUAAAGUUCAUUCCAACCUUACAAAUUUAUCAGGCUCUGUAGAGAUGUACAAGUAACAAAACAUCCUAGUUUUGAAAAUUUGUUUAAUGUUUGGCCCUAGCAUUGUAUUUUUAGUACCCUAAAGUGAGUUAUGACAGGAAUUGAAAAUGCUGCAUAUGUUAUGUAUAUGAAGGACACAGGUACUUGACAUUUUUAACAUUUUCUUUAUAAUUAAAAAAAUUCUAUACUAUAAAAAUUUUUAUAGUAUAGAUUUUUUGUUAAUCAUAAAGAAAAUGUUUUAAAAUAUGAAGUAUCUGUGAUGAAAGAGACUUUUUUUUAGUAUUAUAUAGUAUGUACAUGUACAGUGUAAUAGUUUUUUUUAUUAAAUUACCUGUCUGUCAGGUACUGUACUAGAUGAAUUGAAAAUAUAUUGCAUAUUUACAUAUCUUUAAAAAAAUAUCUUUUUAUAUAUAAACAUUUUAAAAUAAAUUUAUAGAAACAAUUAUAAAGUUCAUGCACAUGAUGUAACUAUGUGCUUUGUUAUGCAGACCUGCAUCUACCUAACUGUAUCAGUGAUAUUUUCUGUAUUUUAAUAAACCUACAUGUAUGUAAA